CGCACUGUAGUUCUAUCAGUCGCCUGUAAACACCUGCGCAUGCAUUUGGGACGCCGCGACGAGCUGCGACUCUGUGCUGAAAUAAUAUCUGAAAUUCUAAAUCAUCUAUAUGAUCUGCAACGCCAGCAGCGCGAAAAAGUCACAAACACAUUGCAACAUGACUUGGAUUCGCUGUGUAAGAACAUCCUCGGUAUUCUCAUCAAAACCAUAAGCAUCAUGAUGGAAGGUGCUCAUGCUGUGCUGCCACAAUUGGUCGCCUGCCUACUUGGUCUGCUGCAGCUGCUCGAUGAAACGCAUUACAAACACUACUGGGACGAGUUGAGUCCCAAUAAAGAUCCACGUGAUUUGAAAGAUUUCCUUAGCAAGUCAUUACUGGUAUUCGAGGAACUGCUCUCACAGGAUUGGCAAGUGUUUCCAACCGAUUGGUUGAUCAUGAAGUUGGCUUGCAACGAUGUGCUGCGCAAGGCAUUGGAAGAAUUCGCAAAGCCAUUGGUUUAUCGUUUUCUCGGUCCGCAGUCCUUCGAUUCACCACUUUGGUGGUCUUACUUUAGUUUAGCUGUUACAUUUCUAACGCAACCAUCACUGCAAUUGGAAAAGUACCGCGAACCAAAGCGCAGAAAGAUUUUAAAUACGCACGGUGAUAUGCGUGUGCUAAUGGGUUUCCAAAUACUCAGCAUGUGGUCACAGUUGGGUGAACAAAAGUUGCACUUUAUACCCUCAAUGGUGGGACCGUUCCUGGAAGUAACGCUCGUGCCAGAGCCAGCGCUGAGGAAGGCAACUUUAACAGUCUUCUACGACAUGAUGCAGUGCGAGCAAAGUGCACGUGGUUCCUUUCGGUUAGUGGAGAGUGAACUUAUCGAUAAAUUGGACUUGCUAAUCAGCGAAAACAAGGGCGACGAUGAGUACCGUGAACUUUUCAGCACAAUGGAACAUCUGAGCUUGGUCUUACUGGAAAAAGUCCAAACAGAGAAUCCCAGUUGGAAGGAUGCUGGCACCGCUUUCAUAGCAUCGGUAACGCGUUUAUUGGAGCGUUUAUUGGAUUAUCGUAGCGUAAUGCAGGGUGAGGAGAAUCGUGACAAGCGAAUGUCUUGCACAGUGAACUUAUUGAAUUUCUAUAAAAAUGAAAUCAAUCGCAAAGAGAUGUACUUGAGGUGAGUAAAAAUACGAUAUUUUAAAAAGAAUGUAUACUUAUAAU